UGAAACUGCAUUGUUGGAGCAAAUGGCUCAGUAGUGGUCACGUGACCUGCGUCUCAGUUUUAGCGCGGAACUUGGAGUUGGUCGGGAAGAAAGACAUUUCUCAAACAAGACCGAGUUGUGUGUAUAUUAAAACAUUUGCGGUUUCUUUAAAAAAAAUAAACGUGUUUGACAGGGUGACAAAUCUCCUGUUUAGUAUCAGAAUACGCCUUUAACACAACUUGUGAACUUUGCGCGGUACGUUAACUUAACGUCAGUGCAGUUGUUUAUCGGAUACAGUCUGGUGGUACAGUGUUUCUCAAACACUAAAAUACUUGGUGAAAGCAAAAACAACAGUUUCCCACAUCUGUUGGUUAUUGUGGGAUUAAAUGGAAGCAGCACCAACUGUGCAAAGAAACACUCAUCAAAGUGUUGAAAAGGGCAGGAGCAGACACAAAAUUUCCAGAGAUGUUGAGACGGACAUUGCAUACCUUUAUGAAGUUCUGCCACAGCUGUCUCAGAUUUUUCGUAUCAUAGAUAAAAUUGGAGAAGGCACUUUCAGCUCAGUGUAUUUGGCAGAGGCGCAGAUGACCGACGGUUCAAGAAGGAUGUUUGCAUUGAAACACCUGAUCCCCACCAGUCACCCUGUGCGAAUAGCUGCUGAACUCCAGUGCUUGACUGUUGCUGGAGGGACAGAAAAUGUGAUGGGAGUCACGUACUGCUUCAGGAAAGAGCAUCACGUGGUUAUUGUCAUGCCAUACAUGGAGCAUCAAACCUUUGUUGAUAUUGUUGGAUCCUUGAGUUUUGAGGAUGUGAAGCAUUACAUCUUCCACCUGCUCAAAGCCUUGAGACACAUUCACAAAUUUGGCAUCAUCCACCGAGACAUCAAACCAACCAAUUUCCUGUUCAAUCAACAAAGGAGAGAGUACUCUCUAGUGGAUUUUGGCCUGGCACAGGGCACUCAUGACACACAGAUAGAACUGCUGAAGGUGGUGAAAUCAAAAGCUUAUAAAGGUGGAGGGUCAUCUAAGAUGGUGGAGGAAUCACUUGGGAAACAGAAACUAGUGCCUUUACCACCCAACACCAGAAAUCCUGCUGUCCAGUUCAGCACUAAAGCACCAGCUAAAAGACCCUGCCCACCCUCACGUAUUAAACACAGCAAGGAACUGUUGGGACUUGAUAAGGCACCACGGUCUGUAUUUGGGGAGAAAAACCUAAACGGCGCAAACUCUCAUAAACCUGGCACUGACAAAGUUGAGGGAUUGCUUUUAAAACCAAAAAGAGAGGAGAUAAUUCCACGCAAAAUUGUUUCUUCAAAACACCGCUCAGUCCCUGUGAGAACUCCAUUAAAUCAGAGACAGAAAACCCCUGCUGAGAGUCAGAAACCCAAACCCCCUGUCGUCAGCUCGAUGCUUACCUGCAACUGCUACAUGACUGACCGCGUCUGCAACAUCUGCCUGUCCAGGAAACAGCAGGUGGCUCCGAGGGCUGGUACCCCAGGCUUUAGGGCUCCAGAGGUUCUGACUAAGUGCCCCAACCAGGGAACAGCUAUUGACAUGUGGUCAGCAGGAGUCAUAUUGCUGUCACUGCUGAGCGGGAGGUAUCCGUUCUUCAAAGCCAGUGACGAUCUGAUCGCUCUUACUCAGAUCAUGACCAUUCGAGGAUCUAAGGAGACGAUCGAGGCUGCUAAGACGUUUGGUAAAUCUAUAGUGUGCAGUCGUGAACUUCCUCGGCUGGACCUGAGGAUCCUCUGUGAGACUCUGAGAGGUUUGCGAUCAUGGGAUGACUCCUCACUUCCUGCUGAGUUUCAAGCCUCACAUAACCCAGCAGAAGUAAAACAGGAUGCUGGGAGUCCUGCUAGGAAACACAUGAGCUCAGGCUCACUCAAAAGCAGUGCAGAGCUGCAGGAGAUGGGCUGGGUUAAAGUGCCAGAUUAUGUAUACGACCUCUUGGAUAAACUGUUAGAUUUAAACCCAGCAACGAGGAUAACAGCCUCCAUGGCACUGCAGCAUCCACUCUUCAAAGAUAUGACAGAUUAAUUUUUGCGCAUCCUAAUUUUGUAUUCUGUAAAGGGUUACAUGAAUGCAUUUAUUUUGUAACUACAAUCUGUACAGUGAUUUAUUUAUUUGUCCUUUUUUGGGGGGGGGUUAUAGAUUCACAUUUGAGAAUAAAGUUCAAACCUAAUUGUUUAAUUUUGAGAGAAUGCUUCCUGAAUGUAAGGUUCUGUCACAAUAUUUUUGGAUAAAAUAAAUUUUAAUAACACUUUUGGAAACCA